AGGUGACACGGCGGCCUCUUCCCCUCCCACAGCCCGGUCGCGGUCGGGGCAGAAGGGGCCGCUGUGAGGAGCUCGGCGCUCGCGUAGCCCGCGGAUCCCCCCCCCGCCGCCGCGAGCCGCUCUGGGUAAUUCUAAUUAUCAACCAGCACUGGCAACCACUGAUAUAAGGAUAUAAAAAGAGAGGAAAAUUGUACUGACCUGAUCCCCUAACUAAAAAUCCAUUGCAAGAGCCACUAAAUCCAGUGAAAAAUGGCCUUCAGUGAUCUUACAUCCAGAACUGUGCGUCUUUACGAUAAUUGGAUCAAAGAUGCUGAUCCAAGAGUUGAGAACUGGUUUCUCAUGUCCUCGCCACUGCCACAAACCAUCAUCCUGGGACUCUAUGUAUAUUUUGUCACUUCCCUAGGACCAAAGCUUAUGGAGAAUCGAAAGCCCUUUGAACUCAAGAAAGCGAUGAUAACGUACAAUUUUUUCAUAGUACUCUUUUCUGUGUAUAUGUGUUAUGAGUUUGUGAUGUCUGGCUGGGGUACAGGUUAUUCAUUUCGAUGUGAAAUUGUUGACUAUUCACAGUCACCUACAGCUGUGAGGAUGGCACGCACCUGCUGGCUUUAUUACUUCUCCAAAUUUAUUGAGCUAUUAGAUACUAUCUUUUUUGUUCUACGUAAGAAAAAUAGCCAAGUGACUUUCCUGCAUGUCUUCCAUCAUACCAUCAUGCCAUGGACCUGGUGGUUUGGAGUCAAAUUUGCUGCAGGUGGUUUGGGAACAUUCCAUGCCUUUCUAAACACAGCUGUACAUGUAGUCAUGUAUUCCUACUAUGGACUAUGUGCAUUGGGACCAGCCUACCAGAAGUAUUUGUGGUGGAAAAAAUAUUUGACAUCAUUGCAACUUGUCCAGUUUGUUAUCGUCACCAUCCACAUAGGCCAGUUUUUUUUCAUGGAGGACUGCAAGUACCAGUUUCCAAUCUUUCUGUACAUCAUUAUGAGUUAUGGGUGCAUCUUUUUGCUGCUCUUUCUUCAUUUUUGGUACCGUGCUUAUACCAAAGGUCAAAGGCUGCCCAAAACUGUGAAAAAUGGAACCUACAAAAACAAAGAACACUAAAACUCAAGCACACUAUGAAACUAUUAAUGAGACUGAUAUCUAGUCUUCCUUGACAAUCAGGAAAGAUUUCCACAAGGCAUUGCAUAUUUUGUAUAUUUUUCAAAAUCAAAAGCUUGUAUUUUUAUGAUAAGUUAUUGGGGUUUCUGAUAUCUGAGGGUUCAGUGCUUCCAAAUAACCAAGUCCUGUGAUUAUUAGAUCCCUGAACAGUCAGUCUUUCAGUUGUUUUUAAACCAAACCUUGAUUUACUUAAUACAUCUUAUUACAGUGAAGGGAGGAUGUGAAACAGGAAGUACUCUUCGAGGAAGUCUGGUAUAGAUGAAAAAUAUCUCUAGAUAUUUUGAGCACCGACAGAGAUCCAUGCAGUACACUAGAUUCCUUCCGCCAAGUCUAGAAACUUCUAACUCUGGACUCCAGUUUUAUUGCAUAUUCACCAUAUUCAGAAGAUACUGUAGUCCUCUAAAGCUUAUUUUCCAUGCUAAUGUGCUAACACAGGUGCAAUCAAGUAAGUUUUUGAUAAGCUAUCCUUUAGAAUCACUAAAGAUAAUUUUUAAAGACCUCUUGAAUAGCCACCACCAGUUUUACUGUUAAGAAUUUAUCACAAUGCUUUUGUUGUAUGAACUGUUUAAAAGUAACAGUCCUUGCAGUUAGUACUUGGGUUAAUACUUGAUGCACUUGACAUGAAGGUCAAGUUAAUAUUUAGAAAACAAGGUAAUUUUUUUCCUGAUGGCUUAAAUACUGUUAAAUACUGUUUUGCAACUAACUUUGCAUACAUCUAGAAAGAAGUAAAUUUCUUAAUGGAAAAGUACUCUAAUUCAGUUGGAAAAUUUGCUGUUGUAUUAAUACAUAAUGUCACUUUCGCAAUUGUCACAGUUUAUUUUGGUUAAUAUUAAUUGUUAGACAUGUAAGUGUUCAUAUCAUUAGCACAUUGUAGGUUCUCUUGAAUCCUAAAAGAUUAUGGAUCACCCCAUGCUUCAGAGUUGGGUCCACAGUUUCCAGAGAUAGGUUACAGUGUCUUGUGAUUCAGUAGGAGACAAAUGGUGGAACAGAGGUAAGACAGGGACGAUUUGUUUUUAUGGAGAUCUCUCUCAAUAAAGAGAAAGACAGAGGCACUCCAUAAUGGUUACUGCUAUAGGCACACUGCAUGAAAAUUAUGAAUUCAUUAACAGUCUACAUUUCUUUUUUCAUGCCUAUAAACUAUGUAGUAAAGGUCUGGAUUGAUUUUGCAAGGGAUUAAUUUAUUUAAAAUUGUUUUCUAAUAUUCUCUCAUUCUGACAUUUUUCUUGUUGGAUAAUCAAAACUAUUGGUCAAAUAGAGUUUUGUUCAUGAAAUGACAAUAUUUGAAAAUGUCUGAAUUUUACCUAUUGCUAUUUUCCCUCAAUUUUGAAAUACUACUCAAGUUUGUAUGACUUCAAACUAUUGGUACUUAUGCCCCCCUCACUACAUAACACACAAUAAUGCUCAUUGUACUACAAAGCUGGAGAUCUCACUCACCACAACCUCCUCUUGGGUGUCUUCUCACCACUUGCUAAGUCAUACCACAGCCUUUUCUCUUCACACUCACCAGCCGUAUGGCUACCUGCCUUUAUUUGACCAUUAGUGAUUUGACUUGCUUCCUACCUGAGACGAGGGUUGGAUAAAUAGUUAGAAUUUCAUAUAUUUUUAAA